UAUGGUCCUAGACACCAAGGCUUGUCGUUCAUACGUCCUCUGUGCUCUCCUCCGACACCCUUCGGCAUUCAUCAGGAAAAAACCAAUAGGGGCCAGGGCGAGUCGACGGCCAAGCCGAAAGGGUACGCGAGAGAUUCCGCACCCAUCGUAAUACUUAAAGCCAUGGACCGCCCCUUAGAUUCGACAACCAGGUGGCCUGUCUCAUCCUCGCGCUGACAACUAGACGGCCACGACUCUCGUUGUCACCUUUACACCUCCCUCCUUCUCGCCAGCACCAUGUGUACUCCUUGCAAGAUACCGUAUCCGACUUUGGCGGGUGCGGAAUUUACUUCCAUUACCGCCGCCCUGGUCUCCAAUAUAACGGUGCAGGUGAUUGAGGGUUUAUAUCCUAACCACGGCGCCAUCAACAGGGAGGGGGUCACUUUCUGCCAUGUCACGACGUCCUACACCCACACCGGAAGAUCCGACAAUGUAACCGUGGAUGUGUUCCUCCCGGUAGACUGGAACGGCAGGCUCCAGGCGGUCGGCGGUGGAGGAUGGCAAGCCGGAGGUCUUGAUUCCCCGCUCUCCAACUUUUCUAUGUUUGGUGCCGUUGCUGAGGGAUAUGCCACCGCGACCACCAAUGCCGGCCUCACCGGCGAGACUCCUGAGGGGUGGGCGUUCGAGAGCCCCGGCAAAUUGAAUCUGGGCCUGUUCGAGAACUUCGGCACGACGUCACUCAACGAAUUGUCGAUAGUCGGAAAGGCCGUGACCAAGAGCUAUUACGGCGAGCCGCCCAAGUUCUCGUACUUUACUGGCUGCUCGCAAGGCGGACGGCAGGGCUAUAAGCUCGCCGAGACGUAUCCCGACGCGUUUGAUGGCAUUGCAGCCUCGGCGCCGGCCCUGGACUUUUCCGGCCUGGGCGUGGGCGACCUGUGGCCCCAGACUUUCAUGAACACCCUGGGCAGAUACCCGUGGAACUGCGAGAUCGCCGCGAAUACCGAUGCGGCGAUCGCAGCUUGCGACGCCAACGACGGCCGGGUCGAUAAUGUCAUCGCGGACCCGGACGCUUGCGUCUUCGACCCGUUCAGCCUUGUUGGCACGUCCAUUAGCUGCUACGAUGAGCACAGCCCCGAAACCGUGGAAAUCUCCGAGCUUGCUGCCAACGUCACAAAUAUCACGUGGACAGGUCCCCGUGCAACGGACGGCUCCUUCCUCUGGUGGGGGCUCGAGAAAGGAACCAGGUUGGUCGAGGAGAUGACCGCCUUAGGCUUGAAUCCGGGGCUCGCGACGACUGUGUGCUUGGCAGACGGGACCUGUUCGGGAAACCCAUUUCUGGUCACCAUCCUAUGGAUCCAGUAUCUCGUCAAGAAGGACCCCAACUUCGAUGUAACGACUAUUACCACGGAAGAAUUCGAGGAUGUAUUCCGAGCUUCGAGGAAAGAAUGGGCGCCAGUGUUCGACGUAGAGCCCAACCUUGACAGUUUCCGAGACGCGGGAGGCAAGCUGAUCUCCUAUCACGGCUUGGCUGAUAUCACCGUUCCUUCGGAUGGCACAAGAAGCUUUUUCGAACAGGUCGCCGCCCGGGAUUCGACGGUCCAUGAUUAUUACCGUCUUUUUGAAUCGCCAGGGCUCAGCCACUGCCUCGGCGGCUUUGGAUAUUACCCAGCAGGAACCUUCGACGCUCUAGUCUCGUGGGUCGAAAAUGGCGUUGCCCCCGAAACGUUGGUCGGAACAUCUCCACCCAGAGAGGACGGGAAUGUCGAGACCAGCGUCCUCUGCCCGUACCCCAAGAAGACGCGUUACGACGGAUCCGAGUCGGGCAUUUGCGUGGACUAGACAAAAGGGAUAUGCUGAUUAGCACACGCGACUCAAUGUCUGGUAAUGACGAGGGAGGAAAUGGGGGAUAUUAGGAGCUAUUCUACCCUUGAGCCAUACUCUAGGUCGCCAUUGCUAAUCUGAAGCCCGUGUAUAACUUGUAUAGUAGUAGUAAAAUUACGAUUCUCGGAACUGACUGCGGAUUAUUAGAGGGCCUUAUAGAGUUCACAAGCGUGUCCCUACCUAUCGGGCUUAUCCAACGCACCGCUUUUGACACGAUAAAUAAUUGCACCCUGCCCCCCCCUCUCCUUAUUUUUAAAGAAAAAAGGAGAAACGGGAUAUAACUUCGUUGGCAAUGCAUAGUGAGGGUUGGAGUCCUGGCCCAGGAG